CACGUGUCUGACUCAGCUUUCUGUGUUUCAGUUCUCAGUGUCAGACCCCGUUUCUCUGAGCUGGAAUUCUCCCACGUGUGCCCAGACACCUGGCCCGGUUUCCAAGGAAAAUGUUAUCAUUUUUCUGAGGCUGAGGGCAACUGGACCACGGGCCGGGAAAGGUGUGAGGCCCUGGGAACUUCCCUGGCCACCAUAAGCACGAGGGAGGAACUGGCCUUCCUUCUGCGCUAUAAAGGUGAAGCAAACCACUGGAUCGGGCUGGAAAAGAGGGAUAAGGGCUGGGAGUGGAUCAAUGGCAUGGCCUUGAACGGCAGGUUUGAGGUGCGGGGUGGAGGACCCUGUGAGUACCUGAACUAUUGGUGGAUCAGCUCGUCCCUGUGCCACACGGAGAAGAACUGGAUCUGCAGCCGCCCCAAUGACUAUGUCCUGUGGAAGGGGAAAUUAAGAGACCUCAAAACAGGAGUUUCACCCUAGAUCUCCAACCAGAUGAGGGAGCUUCACCCCAGCACUGCAACUGGAACUGCUGAAG